AUUUUUUUCCUGACUUUUAUUUCUAUAUACAUUUUUUAUGUUACUCUUGUCAGUUGGUGGUUACCAUAGCAACCAGUAACAGUCAGCUCUUCCCCUUUUUCUGUUGCUGUCUGUUACUGUGAAUAAAUACAGAGAACCAGAAUGUAUCUGUCGUGAAGUCAACCUGCUGGAUCAGAACGAACAAGAUGGGGUACACAUGCAUGGGUUCUCUGACAUGUACUCCGGCUUCUUCCCACAGUCCCAAAACUGUUAGGUUGCUGAGAGAAGGAGAAAUCCACUCUGAUGACCAUGGCUCCACACCCAGUGGUCCAGGCCAUCAUUGAUCUCUCUGCAGGAGCAAUAGGUCGCUUUUCUGGUGUUUGUGCAACAGCCACAUUUUGUCCCCUCCCUGUCCUAGGAGGGGCUGCCUGUGUCUUCAGCGGUCAGCCUCUGGACACAGCGAAGGUCAAGAUGCAGACCUUCCCCACUCUCUACCGAGGUUUUGUACACUGCGUCGUGUCCACCUAUAAGCAAGUAGGCGUGCGCGGCCUAUACCAAGGGACCACCCCGGCUCUGAUGGCAAACAUCGCAGAGAACUCUGUGCUCUUCAUGAGCUACGGCUUCUGCCAGCAGGUCAUCCGUUUUGCUGCUGGACUGCACAAAGAUGCUGUGCUGAGCGACAUGCAGAAAGCCUGUGCUGGAUCAGUAGCUUCUAUCUUCUCCUCACUCGUCCUUUGUCCCACUGAGCUCGUGAAGUGUCGACUUCAAGCCAUGUAUGAAAUGGAGGUGUCAGGCAGGAUCGCUAAGACCCACAACACUGUGUGGUCGGUGGUGACCUCCAUCAUGAGGAACGAGGGCCCGCAGGGCUUCUUCCAGGGACUGACCACCACCAUAGCCAGAGAGGUUCCUGGGUACUUUUGCUUCUUCGGUGCCUACGAGCUCUGCAGGACUGGAUUCGCAGACUACAUGAAAUGCGACAAAGAUGACAUAGGUGUGGCUCCCAUCGUAUUCAGCGGCGGUUUUGGGGGGGCAUGCCUUUGGUUGGUGGUCUAUCCCAUGGACUGUGUCAAAUCUCGGAUUCAGGUCAUGUCAAUGACGGGAAAACAGGCAGGAUUUUUCAAAACCUUCAUGACCAUCGCUCGCUCUGAAGGAGUGAGGGCGCUCUACUCCGGGCUCACGCCCACCAUGGUCCGCACCUUUCCUGCUAAUGGAGCUCUGUUCCUGGGUUAUGAGGCCAGCAGGAAGCUCAUGAUGAAGCAGUUCGACGACUGAGCUGCUCUGUGAAACUGCCACACUCCCUCUGUUGUACUCUCCAUGAAACAGUUUUAAUACAGUCUUUCCAUGUGUCUUUA